CUGUUGUGUAUUUUGAUGUCUGAAGCAUAUGAGUCUAAUUCUUUAUUAUCUUUUAUUUUCUUCAUUCUUUAAGAGUUCGUCGUUCAUCGCGCGCGCGCUCUCUCUCUCUCCUUCCAUCGGUGUAUCCAUGGUAAGGUUUUUCACUAUAGUUUCGAGGUUCGACUCUGUGAUUCUUCGACCAGAAAUUGACGUUGAAUGAGUUGAUUCUAUUUUGCUUUACUUCUUCUCAACCCCCCCCUCUAGGAUUCUUGAACUCAAUAACAGUGUUUGAUUCAGUUUAUCGGUCUCUCCAUAAAAUUUUCCCCCUUAUUUUCUUUUGCCGAUCUGAGACCUUCUCUUCCUUUUACCUGUUAUCUGUGUAAUCUGCAAGCCACGAUUGGAUCUGCUGUUCCUGUAAGCUUCUCUAUGAAACCGACGGAAUUCAUGUUGGUGUUCCCGCUGAUGCGUCUGAAUUCCUUCGACGAUGGGUGGUUUAGGUCUUCCAAUGGGAGUUUGGGGAUCACUGACAGCCGUCAAACGUGAUAAAAGCACAUUGAAACAAAUAUGGAUCGGACCUUUUUGUAUUAAUAAAAUUUUCUCCUUCUCCACCGUCUAUCAGCUUCAUUUAUUUAAUUCUUUUCCUCCCUUUUCUCCUGGGAGGGGGAAUCAGUUCAAUAUAGUUAAGUCAUGGCUCUGCAGAAUAAUCCACAGUCCGAAUCUGGACGAUCCGAACAGAUAAUAUCACAGUUCCUCUUGAAGAGCUUACACAUUGUUUUGGAUUCAAGGAUUCCUUCUCUACGUCCGCAUGAUCAUAGUGGCGACCUGACGCCUGUGUCUCGUGUGAGGAAAAGCGACAGAUGGUUUAACUUAGCCCUUGGAGAGCGCCCCGCAGCUCUGGAGAAUUUGAAUUUCUGGCAUAGGAACGUUAUGGACCCUAUGAUAAUCGAUGUGAUACUGGUCCAUGAUGAGUCAACGUCUUCCGCUGUGGAUGAAUUCUACUCUACUUCGGGAAUGGAUGCUUCAGCAGAGACGGUUAUAGAGAGAUGGAUUGUUCAAUACGAGUCCAGGACCACGGUUCCUCAAUUGCUCGAGAGUCCUGCUUCCUAUAAGAAGAUGUAUAAGAAAUCCAUCAUACUCCUACGUUCCCUUCAUUCGACAUUGAGGCUUCUGCCAGCUUAUCGGAUAUUUCGGCAGCUAUGUUCGUCAAACCAGACAUAUAAUUUUGAUAUCAUUUAUAAGGUUUCAUCUUUCAGUGAACCGUUUUCGAGGGCAGAGGAGGAUGCCAUGAAACAUUACAGUUUUGUACCCAUAGAGGCUCCUCCUGGUCGCCUUUGUAUAUCCGUUACAUAUCGCCCCACACUAUCAGAUUUCAACCUUGAGCCGUCUGCAUUGUUGCCACCACAGAUAAUUACUGAUUAUGUUGGAAGCCCUGCAACUGACCCUCUGAAGAUUUUCUCUAGUACGGAGAAAGGUGUUCAGCCGACCUCAUUUCCAUUGCGAGGGACUCGCUCGCCCUCAUCUGCUCCAUUUCAGCGCCCACAUAGCUGGACUAGUGGCAUACAUAGAGCAGCUCCUUUCAGUCAGAAUCAUCACCUCGGUGGGUCUCCCACUGCUUACCGUAGCUCUCAUUUGCCUUCUGAUUAUCCUAUUUCUCCCCCUGACUUCUAUGGCCACAAGAUUCAAGGUUAUAGGCCUCCAACUCAUAAAAAGGGUAUUAGUUUUGAUGAAUAUCCGCUUUCUCCUCCAUUCUCAUCUUCUCCAACACCGUCUCCCCCAACAUAUUCUUCUGGUGGUAACCUCUUGCAAAAUCGUCUACGUUCAGGAAGUGCUCCUGUUAGUAUUCCGCUGCCAAUGAUGGGUAGAAAUCAUAGGUAUCUUACUCCUAACUUCUCUGACCCAAAUAGACACUCUCUUCCACCCAUGUCCCCCAGAAGCACAAAGCCUGAUCUUUCUUCCCAGGAAUCUCCAUCAGGAAGUAGGUCUUUUAGGAAGGCGGAUAUUUUAAAAGCAGGAGAGCUCUAUUCUGGGCUUACAAAUCUUUACUUGGGACAGAAGGUCUUCAAAGAUAGUAAAGACGAUUCAGGGCGAUUCACGGGAUUGGUUUCUUCAAGUGGUUCUCCGAAGAUUGGAUUUUCAAGGAGUUCUAGCCGAUUGUCUUUCCAGGAUGAUUUAGAUGAUUGCGACUUUUCUUGUCCUUUUGCUGUAGAUGAUGUUGAUUCAUCAGAUACUCAAAACAGGUCUGGCAGGAGCCUUGAAGGGAAAGAAACUACUGAGUCUACUUCACAAGUGUUCUCAUCGAGCAGAAAAUCUCAAGAUGCUGCUGUUGGCGUUCUUGUUCACAUGCUAAGGACUGCACCACCUUUACGCCAAGACCAUAGUUGUUACUCAUCUAAUUCUCCAAGUGAACUUGAGGGAGAAGCUAGUGCCGCUUCUGGUUUCUUUGUGCCCCGGAGGACAGCUGAUGCACUGGCUGAACUCAGAAGUUACAGAGAAAUGAAGGACCUACUCCUCUCUCAGAGUGGAACGUCGCUGGUUAACAAAGAAGAAUCAAAACCAGCUGAUUUUGUUGGAUAAUAUUAAUACUUCGUUAAGUAUGUUGUCUUUCAGUGGUUUUACUGCUAAUUUGUUUCCGGUAUGUCGCUACAUGUUUGUUUAACAUAGUCAACAAGGAACUCAUUCACUGGAAAGAGGGGAGAGAAAAAGAGUGAGGCAAUGCAUGUACAUACAUACUAUGACUGGAAGCUGAGAUGAUAUACAGAAAAAGAAUUCUAAUUCUGGGUCUGUUAUAGGGUGCCAGUUUGAGUCUCAGAACGAAUUA